ACACAGUCCCACUCGUGUCAAAGCAUUUAUUUGCGUGUGUUAAAUUUGCUGUUGUCAGCGAAGUGUGUUGAAACCGAUCAAAAUAUUUUUAAACAAUCCGAAUAAUUCAUGUUUAGCGGACUAAUUGUUCCGUAAUCGACAGCCAUUUAUCUGCUAUGUCUUCCCUUCAAAAGUCAAUCCUCAAAUCCAAACUACCACCCUCUGGUUUAAAAUUCGGAUUCACGUCAGGUGGAUGUAAAUCAAAAUCUCAUCAGCGCAAACGAGAUUAUGACCCCGUACCCUGGUCUGCAUAUUUCGAUCAAUCGCAAAAGAUUAAAAUAGGAGAGAAUUCGUUUCAUAUUUACACAAAAGGAGAGGAAGGACCUCUUGUUGUUCUCUUACAUGGUGGCGGUUGCAGUGCCUUGACAUGGGCAGAAUUUACAAAAUCCAUUAUGACUAUGAUAGUCUGUCGAGUAUUGGCAAUAGAUUUAAGAGGACAUGGCGAUACUCAUACAACAGACGAAGAAAAUCUCGGGGCUGAUACUUUAGCGCACGAUGUGGCAGCUGUCAUACACGAAUUUGACAACAGUGCUUCUGUCAUUUUGGUAGGACAUAGCAUGGGAGGUGCAGUCGCUGUUCGGGCAGCACCUCUGAUCACAAAUUUAGCUGGAGUCACAGUUAUCGAUGUUGUCGAAGGAACAGCUAUGGAUGCUUUGGCAUCGAUGCAAAGCUUCCUCAGGUCAAGGCCAAAAGGUUUCGAGUCAAUUCCUCAAGCUAUAGAGUGGUGUGUUCGAAGUGGCCAAAUACGUAAUGUCCAAUCAGCGAAGGUGUCAGUUCCGGGUCAGAUAAAAAAUACUGAGAGCGGACAGCUGGCGACCGAUGAUAUCGAUUCAGUUUUGUCCUCUUCGGAUCACGAGAGUGUUCCUAGUUUCGCGAUCCAAAGGGGAGACACUAUCCAAGAAGAGGAAACUCUGACUAUGCCGGCUCCUGAAAUUCUUCCGUCGCUCAUCGACAAGAAAUAUAAAUGGCGGAUAGAUUUAGCAAAGACUGAGGAACACUGGGUUGGAUGGUUUAAAGGAUUGUCUGCGGCUUUUUUAAGUAUAUCUGCCCCAAAAAUGCUACUCUUAGCUGGAGUCGAUCGACUAGAUAAAGAGCUUACGGUUGGACAAAUGCAAGGUAAUUCAUCACAAUCUACUCGUACAUCAUUAUUUUUAAAUUAA